UCUUCCCUCCGCCUCUUCCAGUUCGAGCAACCCGCUCCCCGGCGGCGGAGGCAGUGGCAGGGUCGGUCUGGAUGGAUCAUCAGCAUCAUGGCAAUUGAUGGUGGAGAACGUACUUGUGGAGUUCAUGAGCUUAUAUGUAUCCGCAAAGUAUCUCCAGAGGCAGUUGGCUUCCUCUCUGCUGUUGGCGUGAUUGUCAUUCUUAUGAUCCUUCUCUUUCUAUAUAUCAACAAAAGACUGUGCAUUGAGAAUAUAGGAGAGUUUCCGUGCCUUGACACAGAAUACAGGGCCAACAAAGAUUUACAAGACAAUACCCAUAACAGCUAUGGUGAUGGAGACCACCAUGGUUCCUCAUCAGACAGUGAAGAUGAGGUGCUUGGCAAAUACCAUGAGGCUUUGUCCAAAACACAGAUCGCCUCUGGUGCAGCAUCAGACAGCAGACACCAUCAGAAAGGGUACUUGUGGGAAUCCAGACUCAAAUAUAGUCCUCUGUCAGCUGAAUAUGAUGGAUACAGCAGUGAGGCAUCUGCAGAUGAAGAACACUGUAUUCAGAGGAUGAGGAGGACACCCCCACUUGAUGAACUUCAACCACCCCCCUAUCAGGAUGAUAACGGAUCACCACAUCUCUCCUACACACCAUCAGAACUGGAUGACAAGUGUGAACUCUCUCAUUCCAGUGCAGAUUGCAACAGUCCACGUUGUUCAUACAGUAAGUGCCCUAGCGAGGGAAGUGUAGGCCAUGAGACAGAGAGCUACCAUCACAAAGGAUAUGAGGAAGAUGUUCCCAGCGACAGCACUGCCAUCCUCAGUCCAGAGGACAUGUCAGCAAGAGGAUCUUCUGCACAGCUACCAAAAGCUUACGAUCCAGAACCUGUAUCUAAGUAUGGCACACUGGAUGUCACUUUUGAUUUUGACUCACAAGCACAGAAACUUAUGGUAACAGUAACAGCUGUUACAGACAUUCCAACACAUAACCGAACUGGCAACAGUUCAUGGCAAGUACAUCUUGUGCUACUACCCACAAAGAAACAAAGAUCAAAGACAAGUGUCCAGCGGGGGCCUUGUCCUGUCUUCACAGAGGCAUUUAGGUUCAAUCGCAUUGAGUCUGAGAUGAUUGGUAAUUAUGCAGUGCGAUUUAGGCUCUAUAGUAUACGACGCAUGAAAAAAGAAAGGAUUGUUGGUGAAAAGGUAUUCUAUCUCACCAAGCUAAAUCUCCAAGGCAAGAUGUCCGUUCCAAUUGUGCUGGAGCCUUGUGGCAGCCUCACUGGCUGUGACUCCCAGAUGAGCAUGUCUGAGAUGUCCUGCAGUGAAAGCACUUCUUCCUGCCAGUCUCUGGCACAUGGCUCAACACCAGAAAUCCUAGUUGGCCUGCUGUAUAAUGCCACCACUGGCAGACUGUCAGUAGAAGUCAUAAAAGGAAGCCACUUCAAAAACUUGGCAGUGAACAGACCACCUAAUGGACUGUUCUGUUGUCUAAAACACUUGAUAGGUGGGCAGGUUUAUAUAAUCCGAGACACAUAUGUCAAGUUAACACUGCUGAAUUCAAUGGGUCAGGAGAUGUCCAAAUGUAAGACGUCCAUUCGUCGAGGCCAACCAAAUCCUGUGUACAAAGAAACAUUCAUUUUUCAGGUAGCACUGUUUCAACUCUCUGAUGUGACACUCAUACUGUCUGUGUAUAACAAACGGAGCAUGAAACGCAAGGAAAUGAUUGGUUGGAUUUCACUUGGCCUCAACAGCUCAGGAGAGGAAGAGCUAAAUCAUUGGACUGAAAUGAAGGAAUCAAAAGGACAGCAAGUUUGUCGGUGGCAUUCAUUAUUAGAAUCCUAG